CUUUGUUACUGCAGAUAUGGGCUCGUUACACUUGAGUUAUCCUUUGCUCGACUCGUUCAAAAUGGAGAUCGAUCCAGUCAUGAGUGAUGAAGAACCCAUGGAACUAGACAUCAUUGGUACGCCCACACAUAUGGCUUGGUCCCCAUCCACAGGUUCCUUCCUAUCUCCAUAUUUAAUAGUCCGAAUUAUUGAUGGGAUAGGCAGACUUAGACUCACCUCUAAGUAUGGUAUGCGAUCACCCACUUACAUUGAAACGCCAAUGAUCCGUCAUGGGCUAACUUCAAUAAGAGAUAGGGUGAAGCCAAAAAGACUAUUCACCGAACAUCAUGUCGAAUAACGAAUUAGAUUCAAGUGGAUUGUUUGCUGAAGCAAAUUUCUACGUGCAAGGCAAAUCUAGUUGUA